CUUAGUUUCACAAACAUCUGACUGACCUUCACUACAAACUUUGUUUUCUCGUUAGUGAAUGUUUGUGUUCAAAUUUUGGCCCAUAUUAUGGACCAAAAUGUGUUCGAUCAGAUUUUAAUGUCAUAGAUCACUUUUAGUUUUCUUCAACGCAUCAAACUGGAUCAAUAAAAAUGUCAGCAGACGGUGCAAAAAGUGAGGAUUUCGACACUGACAACGAUCCCGCCAAAGACAUAGGCAGCGACGACGAGGAAGAAGAUUUUGAGGAGGAAAAGAAUGGUGUAUUGAAGGUGAACGGAUUUGGUGAGAACGGUUUUGGCGAGGACGGCAAGAAAAUCGACUUCUACGAGGACGCGCAUUCAUUCAGCAGCAACUGCCAAGAACGAUACAAGUGCCACCACUGCGACAAGUCGUACAAAAAUCUUCGAUCACUAAAUCAGCAUUUUAGGGAAGUGCAGGUGUGUAGGGUGUGCAAGAUGUCUUCGCCGAGCAUAGAGGCCUUCACUAGCCACAUUCUUGAGGACCACACGAUUGGUGCCCUGUGCGGCUUCUGCAUGAUCAGCUUCAGAUCCAGGGCGCGCCUUGUGGAGCAUGUCCGGACUCACACACAAUUAGCUUUAAAACGGCCCGAGAUUAGAAGUGUGCGAAAGCCAGCAAGGGACAUGCCCAGAAACUGUAAGACGUGCAAACAAGAAUUAUCUCCUUUGUCGCCUCACACUUGUCAUGCAAACACCUGCAAGCUUUGCCAAAAGCCUCUGAGGACCAGAAAUGAGUUUGAAGUGCACAUGAUGCGACUCCACUGCUCCGAAACGGCCUGCCAGUUUUGCGGAGUAAAGUUACCCUCAACGACCAAUCUCAUUUACCAUCUCAAGUCUCACACUUCGUUAAGGUACCCGGCCUUCAAGUGCAUAAAAUGUGGACUCAGAUUUCGGUCCGAGAUUAAACUCAAGCAGCACGAUUGCCACCCCAUAGCAUCUCCAGACGCUUCGCCCUCUAAGGACCAUUACAAUUCAUCUCUGAAUGAAAAGAACGAGAAAGGAUCAAAUAGUUCUCAUGCAAAGGAACCGAAGGUGCAUUCGCCUGCAGAAAAGUCCAGUGGUUUUGAGUGCAAUUUCUGUGACCAGAAACUCAAAUCUCGGUCAGAGUUGGACCAUCACGUAAAAGACCGCCAUUCUUGUAGGUAUUGCAAAGUGUCUUUGAGGAGCCAGGAGGACUUUGAGAGCCACAUGAUGGACGAGCACUCGAGCAAGGAUGAGUGUCAGUUCUGCAAUCGGAAGUUUGUGACGUCCUCUGCUCUACGAACUCAUCUCAAGAUCCACACUUCGCUCACCUACAAGGUGCAUCGGUGCAGCAGGUGCAAGCAGCAGUUCACCAGCCUAAAGGAAAAGGCAGCUCACAAAUGCCAGAAGUUUCCUUGUGUCGACUGCUCGCAGACGUUUCCCUCCGACACUGCCCUGGAAACCCACCGCAACAAGGAGCACUCGGACAGUACAGCUCUGAAGUGCAACCUUUGCCUCAAGUACUUCAUGAAACGCAAUGCCUUAGCUGUGCACAUGAAAACGAAGCACAAGAACCUUGAAGAUGAAUAGGCUAACCGAUCGAUGGUGCAAUUAUUGCCAAAAGAGUAUUAAUAUGCUGUCUCCCGUUCAUUUUUUAUCAAUCAGCCCCCACGGCAAGCAUGAUGUAUUAUGGGAGUGCGCAACUCACAAGUCUUUGGAUUGAAGUCCUUAGUAUCAAGGCUCCUUUUUUGUGUAGCCAUGCAGGUAGUUAUAGGUGUGCCUAAUUUUUAAGACAAAACUCCAGGUCGCUCUCAAAUUGCAUUUUUUUUUCAUAGCCAUUUUUUUCUCUUUAAGGUCGGCGGCCAUUUUUUUAUUUGCCAAGUCAUUUUUUUGACAUUCCUUAAAUGAAGUUACUUAUUUCAAGCAGUAUUCUGCUUAAUUGUCACCAGCUUUCACCAUUUUUAUUUUUGAUUAACAACACCACAAAUGUGAUCGAUUGCUACUGUAUUGUACUAAAUUUACUCGUAAUUUUUCUCUUAAUAGUCAUAUAGUGCACUAAUCACUAGAAGGAUUUUAAAAUGACGAAGAUAAAUGCAAAGUUAUUUUUUAAUUUUAUGUAACCACCAUCACUAAAAAUACAUCUCUGGCGAUA